ACGACUUACGCCUGUGGUAAAGUGACUUUGUCUCAAGCCCUAGGGCAAGGGUUUAUUAUAGGGUAUAAAACUAGUUAAUAAUUAAAAAAAAACAUAAUAUCAUAAUUAUUUUGAUCUUUGACUCACCUUUUAUUACCUUAUAUUUAUAAUUAUCAAUAAAUAAUAAGAAUUUGUUUGCAUAACCCUAAUAUUAAAUUAUAUGUUUUUGUUCAUAUAAUACACAUAGUUCAUACGAAAUAUUCCUAUAAAAUUGCUAUGUGAUCAUAGUAAUAUACAAGAAUGCUCCGUUCUUUAAGUUUUUUUGGUAAGAAUACAAGAGAGUUAGGAAUAUUUUCACAAUAUUGUAUUCAGAAAUGUAGCCUUCAUUUAUCGUCAGCUCUAAGGCACGGUGAAUAUGAGUGGCAAGAUCCUAAAUCAGAAGAUGAAGUCGUAAAUAUAGUAUAUGUAGACAAAGAUGGUAACAAAACUAAAGUAAGAGGAAAGAUUGGAGAUAAUGCAUUAUAUUUAGCACAUAGGUAUGGAAUAGAAAUGGAAGGUGCCUGUGAAGCAUCACUAGCAUGUACAACAUGCCAUGUAUAUGUCAAUCAAGAUUAUGUUGAUAAACUGCCGCAAUCUGAAGAAAAGGAGGAUGAUCUAUUAGAUAUGGCCCCAUUUUUAAAAGAAAAUUCUAGAUUAGGAUGUCAAAUAACAUUAACUAAAGACUUAGAAGGAAUGGAACUAAAAUUACCUAAAGCAACAAGAAACUUUUAUGUUGAUGGUCACAAACCUACACCACAUUAAAAAAUGAUAAAAUAAAACUUAAGAGUCAAUAAAUUUUUAUUAAAUUAGGUUUAAACUUUAAACUCAGUUGGUUAUUUUCAUACUAAAUUGCAGUUAGGCAACUUCAAAACAAUUAAACUUGAAAGACAUUUUGUAAUUGCUAAUAUUUUGAGAAAAAAAACAAUAACUUUAAUGUAGUUAUAGGUAUAUGUAGAUUAAUAAAAAUAUUAUUAAGAAAAA